UCAGCGGGCGUCACAAAUGUACGAGCAGAGUGAGCGGUUCUCCCCUCAAAAGUCUGCUGGGAUGUGACUUUUGAGGAUGCCCAACCAAACUCGGCCGGCACCCGGGACCCUACAGCCGGCCACCAUCCCGGUGGUCAUGUUCAUCUUCGGGGUGGUGGGGAACGUGACGGCCAUCGUGGUGCUGCGCAUCUCGCGCAAGGAGCAAAAGGAGACCACCUUCUACACUCUGGUGUGCGGCCUGGCAGUCACCGACCUGCUGGGCACGCUCCUGGCAAGCCCGGUCACCAUCGCCACCUACACGCGCGGGGGCUGGCCCGGCGCCGAUCCGCUUUGCCAGUACUCGGGCUUCGUCCUGCUCUUCUUCUUCCUGGCGCAACUUUGUAUCCUGUGCGCCAUGUCCGUGGAGCGCUACCUGGCCAUCAACCACGCCUACUUCUACAAGGAGUACGUCAACCAGCGGCUGGCGGCGCUGGCGUUGCUCGCCAUCUACGUCAGCAACGCCGGGCUGUGCGCGCUGCCCGGCAUGGGUCUCGGCGAAGUGAAGCUCCAGCGGCCGGGCAGCUGGUGUUUCAUCGACUGGCACGGCGGCGGCAACCGCACUUCGGUGGCUGCUUUCAACUUGGCAUACGCCGGCGUCAACGCCGCCGUGGUGCUGGCCACCGUGGUGUGCAACGUCAUGGUGUGCGGCGCGCUCAUCCUCAUGCAUCGCCGUUUCAUCCGACGCACGUCGCUGGGGGCCGACCGGAGGCGCCGGGACCUCAACGACGACGCGCCGCUGCGCCGCCGCCGGUCCAGCUUGGGACGGCUGGCCGGAGCCGAGAUCCAAAUGGUCAUCCUGCUCAUCGCCACCUCCGCCGUGGUGCUCGUCUGCUCCAUUCCCUUGGUGCUGAGGAUCUUUGUGAACCAGCUGUCCAGCAACCAAAACGAAGAGUCGACAGGGCUCAACAAAGACCUGUUGGCCAUCCGCAUGGCCUCCGUCAACCCCAUCCUGGACCCAUGGGUGUACAUCCUUCUGCGGAAGACGGUGGUCCUCACGCUCAUGGAAAGGAUCAAGUGUCUAUUCUGCAGGAUGGGGCGUGGCCGGCAAGGUCACGCCGCUCAUUUCCGCUGCGCCGGCGUCCGCCUGUCGUCGUCAUCUAGCGUCUCGCCGGAGUCUCCGAAGAGAGACGGCAGAACUCUGACUAGGUGUCCCACGGAGGGGGAGCGGGCGGAGAGCUCGAAGACGGCUUUGCAAGUGUCGCUCACGAACGGGACGGCGAACGUCCAGGAGAGAUGUAUCUGAGCAAAGACUCAUCAAUAACUGAAACGUAAAGUUUUUUUCUAUAAUUCUUCAUUAACCAAAACUACGGUGUCAGUGUAAUUCCACUGCACUGGAAGGAAGAACAUUUCUUCUCAGUGAGAAGGUGCAAACAGUUGAUCGUUUUUUACGGUAUAAUAGGGCAGUCGCGAUUGACCUUUCGCCAUCUGACAGUUGUUAAGUGAGCAUGUCCUACAAACGCUCAAAUGACCCGUCGUCUGAUUAAUUUGGUAGUUUGAUCCGAUCGCUGCCAGCCCCUCGAAAACCAAAUUGAUUGGAUGUAUAUCACAAUUAAUGGCAGCCAAUGAGUUAAUCAACCAUUCUGCGUCAAGUGCCAUUUUUCAAUAA